AUGUGGGCCGAAGUAAAUGGAGAACGCAAGAAGGUCGCUUGCUGCGAGCGUAUUGUCAUCAACUACACCAUCCCAAAGUCCUCAGAAUGCGCUUGUCCGUCAGAGCGCGCAUCGCCGGCGACUGCACCUGUUGCUGGCAACAGUCGAAUCGAGAAGAAUAGAAGAAAAUCUACUGCGAUCAACCCUUUGUCUCUGGAGAGAGCCAUGAAAGCCAGUCAAGACACCGAGACCGAUACUUCAUCGCUCACUCAGACACCAACCGACAUGAGCAACAGUAUCGAAGCAUCACCUCCAUCCAGUGCAAGCUCUACUCCUCGCCUACUCCCUGCUCAAAAAGAGAGUGUUUCUAGUUGUUGUAAGCCGAAGCCUGUACAGCAGCCCGUUGCAAAAGGAGGGUGUUGUGGCAGCAAACCCAAGCAACAGCCAGCGCCAGCGCCAGUCAAGUCUUGUUGUGGUGGUUCGAAAUCUCAAGCGAACGUGGCCGUCACUGGUCAACCUAGCAGCACUCAGCAGUUUGGGCAACAAUUUCAAUUUCAGCUACAACCUCAAUUCCAGAAUCCACAGUUUCAAGGCUUUCCACAACAAACAUCUGCACAACCAUCAUACCCGUUCGGUCUUGGCGCACCAAUAUACAACCAUGCAGCGGCAGCAUAUCAGCAACCACCUUCGAUGUCAAUGAGUCCCACAAUACAUGGUCCUAUACUCCAGCUUGUUCCCGAGCAGCAUAUGGGCCAGCACGCUCCUGAACACAAUUGUCAUUGCGGCGAAUCAUGUAGCUGCUUCGGAUGUGCAGCCCAUCCCAACAACGCUACUAUGAUGGAAUACGUACGGCUUAUGGCUCAGUUCCAGUAUACCGGCGGGUUUGGGACUAUGGCGCCACCUCUGUACGACGUACCUGCCUACCCUCACCAAGCCAGGAUCGGAGCUAAAGCUGGUCAACCCAUGGCCUUCAACCAGCUUCCUCAAAAUCUUCAGGCACCUUUUUCAGCACAGAUGGCCUUUCAGGCAAGCAUGAACUUGUCAACAAUAUCGAGCGCUCCAUUACCAGUUUCUGAGCCUUGGCAACAAUCCUCGAUUUCGACUAUAUCCGCGCCUGAAACUCAGUUCCUUCACGCAAACACGUCAAACCGGAUACCAGCUUCGGCCAAUGCUCAGCUUGUCCUAAAGGCGGAGGAAUCACUAGCGACCCCUGUUGCGAAGAGUUCAAAUGACGGCAACGAGGAAGAAACCGAUACAUUGUCACCCUCUUCGUUUUUCUGGAACCAGAUGGUCCUGCCCAGCUGCAGCGACGCCACGGGUACCUGCCAAUGUGGUGAUGGCUGUGAGUGUGUUGGCUGCCUCACACAUGGUGGUCAUAACGGCGUUCCCCUCGAAACUUCGGCGAUCAACGAACACGACGCUUUCCCCGAUUUCAUUGCGCAUGGUAACCUGAACCUGGAUGACUCGACACACUUUUUGAACUUCAACACGGCUCCAACCUGA